AGAGAGAGAAAGAGAGCGACGAAGAGACGUGCGGGAGAAGCGACGAGGUCGCAUACACACGUACGCACGCCGUGGCAGCCGCCGAUGACGGUGGAGACGGCGGUGGCUGUACACUCCGCGUUUCGCGUGAGAUAAGAAAAAGAGAGAGAAAAAGAGAGAGAGAGAGAAAGAGAAAGGGAGAGACAACGUCAAACUUUAUCACGAGAGCAGCAUGACGCGCGACAGGGUUGCAAGCAUCGUGCAACAACGACGGGUGAGAGAAACGACAACGGAGACGGGAACGGGAACAGGGAUGGGGACGGGAACGACGACGACGACGACAACGGGUACACACGCGCGACACCACCGACACUCGAUGACGUCAUACCACCGGCGGCAACAUGGAGCCCACCGACAGUUCCUCCAGCCGAUCAAGAUGACGCCGUCACUUUACGUCUCGCGAAUAAAUCAGAUCGAUGCUGCUCAAUUGGACGGUGAAAUUUAUAAGAUGCUGAGGAAUCAAACCAAAGAGAUCGCUAAAUACUGCACGCCGGGUAAAAUCGACAAAUGGCAAGCGGAAGUGGACGCCGUUCUGAAAUUUUUCAUCUGGAAAUUCUCGUUGCAACGAGGCUCUUCCACAUUCGGCCAGCGGCUUCUCAAUCUGCACUACGCCAACAUCAAUCAAAGGAAAGCUAUACUCUAUUUAAUUCUAAACAUCGUACCUCAGUACUUGAAAGACAAAUUGGCCUACGAGAACCUGUCCGAACGUGGCGCGUUUGCCCGAGCGCUAAAGUCGCUCGUCGACUGGAUAACGAACGCGAUCAAUCUCCUGGAGCUCGUCAAUCUACUUCUCUUCCUCCAUCGGGGUAUAAAACCGCGCGUGAUAGAGCUUCUGCUUGAUCUGUCCAGUCAGUCGAUAACGACACAUCGACCCAGAAUCAUCGGUUACUCGUACAUGACGAGAGAAUUGCUUUGGCAUGGUCUGAUGGAACUCUUCACGAUCGGUAUACCCAUGAUAAACGUCCACUAUUUGAAGCACGUAGUGAUGAGGCUGUGGCGACGACCAAAACCGUCGAUUGGAUUGUUGCCGGUGAUGAAUGUCGCGACCAAGUGCGCCUACUGCUACGAAGACCCGAUUCUGCCAUCGCACGCUGGCUGCGUACACUUGUUCUGUUAUUACUGCCUGCAAGCGCACUUUACCGCAAUGAGCGCGUUCCAAUGUCCCAGGUGCAACGCGGAGCUCCAUGCCGAAGAUAUGAAAAGAUAUACAAUCGCAAGCGCGCCUUGGAGCGACGAUGAGGAAUCGGACGAUAGCUUCGAGAGAGUGGACGAUGGAUAACGCGAACGUACGUAUUUUUCCAGUUUUAUCAAAGUUAAAAGUGACUCGAAGUGAUGUUAUUGUGAUGAACAAGUUAUGUGUCUGACUUCUAGUCUUAAGCACUAUUUUUACAAGUGAAAAUAAUUUUUAUUAUUAUGUGAUAAUCUGUUGAUUUUUGUUUCCAUAAAGAGAAAGAUUUCCUGCA